AUGAACCUGGAGAACAUCUUCGAUUUCUUCUUGUCUCUACCGCACAAGCUGUCUCUGGGCCGUGCCAAAGAUCUUUUCGAGACCAUGUCGCUGACUUUAGCCACGGCAGUAAUCCUUGGAGCCAAGAUCCACAAGGUGCCUUACUUUGGCACAGCGCUUCCCUUCGCCAUCAUCUCCACCGGCACCUUCGGCUGCACCGCCGUGUGCUACAAGGUGCGGUGCAUGGAAAAGGACACUGCCCGAAGAAUCCGAAGAAGUCUGCAGUGCAACCUUUUCGCCGUAAUUCUGAUCGUGCAGGCUGUGGUGUUCGGCUUUUGCUACCUCCACUGGCAUGUUUACCACACGAUCUCUUUGGAUGAGCUGAUAAACUACAACGUGAUCACCGCCUGCGGCUUGAUCUCACCGGAGCUGUGUGCUUCCAUCUGCGAGUUCUUCACGUCGGUGAACUGCUACCCUGUGCAGUGGCUGGCGCAGGACAGCCUGAGGAGGGUCCCUCACCUGCAGAAUCUGCAGAAUCCUGUAUUCGUCUCUCCGUUCGAGAUGUUGUUUGAAAGGCUGCCCUUCGACAGCGUAUUGAACCCCGAAGCCAAGCACCCCGACAGCGCCUGA